UUUCACAUUACUUCAGCUGCAGACGCAGUCGGUGUGUGAACUAAUUUUGACGUGCUACGAAGAAAAUUGAAAACAAUCAAUGAAAGUGCGAAACAAUAACAAAAUUAUGAAUUACUUGUGGAAAAUCAAAUAAAAUGUGAUAGAAGAUAUAUAAAAUUAAUUGAAUAAAGGUAUUUACAUGCAGUUAAACAACCGAAAUUGAAGUCGACUAUUAAACCCACGCGAUAUUCCGAAAUAUUCGUUUUUUAUUUUGUUGUUGUUAUUGAAGGUUAAUGUGUUUACCUUGACAACGCAACGCGUAGUGGUGAUAAGCAGCGAAUUUAUUUACUCAAGAAAAUACCGUGAAUCAAAAAUGAUGCAUAUUAAAGACUUUGAAAUGAACACAACAACCGACAGCCAUGAGGAAAUGGAGCAGAGCAAUAAUGAAACCACACAGUGCACUGAGCGCCCACUGCCAAUACUACACAAUGAGAUACUGAUAAACAUCUUCUCCUAUUUGCCAUACACCGACUUGACGCAGGCGCGGUUAGUUUGCCGGCUUUGGUUGGAGGCUGUCGCCUACACCAGGUUUUCGAAUAAAUUCAGUUUACGCAUCAAGGAAGACAAUGUGCUGGAUAUUUGGCGGCAAUUACAAAAUGGAAACUUUGCAAGCGGCAUGGUGUAUAAACAUAUGGUAUAUGUGGGCAUUGAUGCUGAGCAGCGUGAUGAAUUGACAUUUAUCUUGCAAAGAAUUGGUGGACAGGUGCGCAGUUUAAAGCUGAGAACUCUAUAUGGUCUUGAUUGCCUGUAUGAAUGCUUUCCGAAAUUGGAACGACUAACGCUAGAGGGUUUAUAUGUGUUUCCCACGCAUUUGCCAUUCGAAUUGAAUGCGUUCGGCCGCUUAAAAAGCCUACACUUUGUGGACGAUUCGGUGAGACAAAGCUCCUCGGAAGCUUUACUCGCCAGUUGCUUGCGUGCGAAAACUACAGUUAAGCUCGAGGAGUUGAGCAUACGCGUCUAUGCUGAGGAUGCAGAAUUGUUUCUGGCUGUGCUGCAGGAUCAUGCGGAUACUUUGAAGAGUCUGCAUGUGGUUUACUUCGAAUCAACAAACGAACCAAAUUUGCUGGUACAAAAGUGGAUGACAACCUUCUGUCGUCUAAAGAAGUUGGAGAAAGUAAAGAUUUAUGCUUGCAACACGCAGAUCUUUGAGGGCACACUGAAGUGUUUGGAAGGUUUGCCUUUGCGUUAUCUGGAGGUGGAUUGUUUGCGUCCAGUUAAUCCAGACAUCUUCAAAUUGCUGGAGUCAUGUGCGAAAACACUCGAGCACUUGGCAUUCUUCAAUUUCUAUCUGCCAAAGAGUAUAGCGGGCACGCAUAUAAUAAGCGAGUGUUGCCAGAAUUUGAAAAAACUCAUACUCAGUUACACGCGUCUACUCGAGGAGGAUGAGCUGUGUAGUAUAGCCAGUAAUCUGGUUAAUUUGGAGGUGUUAGUGCUGAGAUACUGCAAAAACGCCGUGACAAAUCGUUCAUUGGCGGCCAUUUUCAAAAAUCUAACACGUUUGCGUGAACUCGAUUUGAGUGGCAACAAUGAUUUCGACGUUCGUGCAUUAACAGGCAGCGCUGAGCAUCCAUAUCCGAUUCGGCGUCUGCAAAGGUUGGAGAAAUUGAAUUUGAAAUCAUGCCAACAGCUAUCGAGUGAUGAGUUCUUGACAACACUGAAGUUUCCUUUUCUGCGCAGUUUAAGUUUUGGGCGUGGCAUAUACACCGAUAAUGGCAUUCAGAUAUUGGUCAGGCAGUGUCCACUCUUGGAGGAAUUAAUCAUUACCUUUUGUCCGACUUUGGGCCGUAGUGCAUUAUUUUGCAUAGCGAAAGCAUUGCCACGCCUACGUGUGCUGCAUCUGCUGCAUUGCGCUCAAGUGGACAAGUCGGUGCGGCUGAUUCUCUAUAACGAGUGCCCACUUUUGGCGGAUUUGGAAAUUUCCGAAAAACGCACAAAAACGAAAACGUACUUUCAUGAGUAGUUGUUAUCGUUUGAAGGAAACCGCGACCAGUGAUGUUUUCUCCCUAGAAGUACUCAUUUCUAGCUUAACUUAGUAUUUGUAAUUUAGAUACCUAAGUGCUGCAAUAUUUGUAUGUAAAAUAUUUGUAAUAAGAAAUUUUUAAUUGAGUACUUGUAAGUAAGGAUAUGCUUGUAUAAUCUAUGAAUACUAAUUUACUUUAGUAUAGACAAUUGAGAAAGCACAAUUUGUGGAUAUAUAUUCAGAUUUAUAAAAGACUAUUGUUCACGUGAUUAAAGCCUUGGCAAUUAAUUUUACUUAUAAUUAUUAUUGAUACAUUUAUGCAAAUAUUCUUAACUCUCUUGUGAAUUACAUUAAAAUUAAAUAAAAUUUUAAUAUUGUAUAA